GUAUUAUUGUACUGUCCGCGGCGAUUGCAUCUCGUAAGGUUCUCGUGUUUUCUGUAACAUGGCGGCAGUUGGCAAACUGUCGCGACUGUUACAAACCUCUUAGUGAUCAUUUAAUAUUUACAAAUAUCUGUUUUGACGGUGCCGUGUUCCCCAAUUUUAAAAGUUGGCUCGUUGAAUCCCGUGCAUAGGAAAUUUUUCCGACGACAUGUUGCAGUUGAUAAACCUCCCCGAAGUUGUUCUAGAAACAAUUUUGUCUAACCUAACAUACGAUGAAAUCGCUAGAAACAGAACGGUUUGCAAGCAGUUUGAUCGAACUUGUAAAAAGCUUCUCAACCGCGGCUUCAAUCUGAUGGAAAAGUACCACGCUCAAUGUCUAAGAGCAGUAAAAUGUCAGCUACCCAGAAGGGAAUCGGAAAGACGGAGUCACCCUCUGGCUCGUCACUGCGAUAUACUAACAGCCAUAGAAACUAGGAUCUCUAUGCUAUCAAUGACUUUCAUAAAAUACGUCGAUUUGAACCUGUGCUGUUUUAUCCCUGGAAAAGUUAUUGAUGAGAUAUUCCGCGUCCUCCGGUUAAUACGUGACUCAAAAACCCCACCUAGAGCCCAUGAGAUUCUGCAAGAAUUGCGGGAUAUCAGCAGCAUGGCAAUGGAACAUUUUGACGAAAAAAUAUUGCCAAAAUUGAAGCACAGCAUUUGCACAUCUGUCGUGAGUCACGUAGGUACUUAUGACCUACCAAACGCAAGCCUGAUGAUAUCGCAUCAUACCAAUAGUGGGAAUAUUACAUUGGCGCACGGUUUUAGUCCUGAAAAAUUGAACCAAACAUUUCGCAAGAUACACUGUCGGACGAAAAAAAAUCAAAUGUCUGUUAUGUCAGUGAGAAGUAAGAUGAAUAAACUCAAACUGAGAAUGAAGAGACAGGGUUUUCAAAUGCGGACACAGAGUGUCAAGAUACAAGAACAAGGAAAGAAACUUCAUGAACAGGAUAUUCAGAUAGCGGAGAUGAAGAAGCACCUUGAAGAAUGGGAACAAAAGAUGGGUGACUUAAAAGCUGAACUGAGUAGGGCCAGGGAAGAAACGCAAAAGCCUGACACCAUAGAAACCUGCAAAAGAAAGCAUAUCGAUAGACUCAAGUCUCGAGAGUCGGACCGAGUUCAAGGUAAAGAUCUUCAAGCUAAGAAGAGAAAAUUGAUUGUCGAACGUAAAUCAUCCACUAGCCCAAAAGAUGUUCAAUUUAAAAAGUUUCUAUCAGACCUACUGGAUACAGGACAUGUGGAGGAUGACGUUCCAUCUACGUCCAAGUAGCUAAUCCAUGGUUAAUUGUGUUCACAUAAGUAAUAAGAAGUUUUCUUUAAAAAUUUAUCCAUUUAUAUUUAAUCAAUAUUUAUAAAACCUUGCGAACGAGACUGAUUAUUCUUUGUGCUGUUGCGUGAAUGGUAUUUUUUACUCUUUCUUUUUUUCUUUUUUUUCUGACGUUUCCUUACUUCUCUUGAUUUGUUAAGUAUUAG